AUGUCCUCCUCUAUAUCUCGGAUACGGAAACGACCGGUUGUCACUUAUUCUAAGAAAUCACGAACGUACCUCGGUUCUAGCAACUCUAUAGACGAUAUAAACGACUAUCCCGAGCACGACUUUAAACGAGUGCGAAUAUCUGAACCCGAAUAUGAAGAUGAGGAUACAACUUCUAUCAAAAGUGAUAACAGCGGAUCAUUAGAGAUUACAGAACCUGGAUCAGGAGCAGAAGCUACAGAGGACGAGCAGGGAGACAGUGACCUAGACGUUGACAAGAAGUCAAUGCCUUCGGUAUCUUCGUCGCAGGCGGACUCUGAAGCUCAGGUAUCGAAAGGGGAUACUACAUCUUCCUCGACUACGAGAAUAACAGGCUUCACUAUAUCUACCCGUCGAAAACCCCUUUUUAAACGACACAUUACAAAGAAGACGUCGGAUACACAAUCGUCUUGUUCAUCGCUCUCAUCGACACCGUCUUCCACGCAAUCAUCUAUUUCUAUAAUAUCAUCAACAACAGCCAAACCUCAAAAGCAAAAGCUAGUACAGAUGCAAAUCGACUUGGAUGGUAUAGGAGCCCCGAAGAUAUCAUGCAAGGAGUGUGGAAUGCAGUACGUACCAUCUGCGGAUGAAGAUGCGAAGCUGCAUAAGCGGUAUCAUGCACAAGUUGUCGAAGGGUUAGAAUUUGGAAACACCAGGGGCAAAGUCGUUUGGGAGGGUAAAAUGGAGAAUAGGGGCACCAAGAAGAGACGUGAUUCUUCUAGCGGAAAGAAGGACGCAGGAAAGGUCGGAUCAACUACCACUGGAACCACAACAGGGGAGAAGGAGAAUCUGAUACCGAUCACACGGUUCUUCGCUUCGGGGAGAGGGGAUAAAACGGCUACUGGGAAGAAGGUGGUACCGUUGGUGGAAAGAGGACCUGUACCUUCAACCACUUCAGCUACUUGUCAUGUAGUCGAAAUUUCACGGCGGAGUACACCGACCGAAAAGAAGAAGGCCAUGGAAUUCCUUCGAUUCGCAAAUAGGGAGCUAUCCGCGCAAGAGGUGGCGGACAGUGUACUGUGGGGUUCUUCGGCUCCCGGAGAUGGGGAAAUAGAAAAGGGAGAACAAUAUAAGAUAUAUUUGUAUCUGGAAGGUACAAAGUGUGUGGGGUUAUGUCUUGCAGAGAAGAUUAAAGAGGCACAGUGGGCUACGACUAAGGAGGGAGGUGCGUCGAUAAGCUGUUCGCUAGAUAUCAGUGAGACAAAACGCCCAGCACUACUAGGUAUCUCCCGGAUAUGGACUUGCCCAAAGCAUAGAAGGAAUGGGGUUGCUUCCAGGCUUGUUAGCUCUGCAGUUGAGAGCUUUGUGUACGGAAUGAAGGUCGAAGCUGGAAUGGUUGCGUUUAGCCAGCCGACGGAUUCCGGGGCAUGGUUUGCGCUCGGGUGGGUAGCCGGACAGAUGCCUGUGGAAAAUGCUUCCGGGGAAGAUGCUACAGAAAAGGGUUUUCUGGUUUACUUGGACGGUGUUUGA